UCAGCUAAUCCACAAGAAACAGAACCAAAGAAAGCGUUCAAUUCAUACUCCUACUCACUAAAAUAAAAGCAAAACAAAAGACAGAAUCUUUAAUUGGCCAGAAAAUGGUGAAACACACAACCGAUAAGCCUGCCGACAGAAGUGAUUCUAAGUACAAAGGUGUCCGCAAGCGAAAAUGGGGGAAAUGGGUUUCUGAAAUCCGUUUACCAAACAGUAGAGAGCGAAUCUGGUUAGGAUCAUACGAUUCAGCAGAGAAAGCGGCGCGUGCUUUCGACGCUGCACUCUUUUGCUUACGUGGCCGAACUGCCAAAUUCAAUUUCCCCGAUAACCCACCUGAAAUAGCCGGCGGAAGGUCCCUUUCCCCACCCGAAAUUCAAGCGGCGGCUGCUAGGUUUGCGAAUUCGUAUCCUUCGAGAAAACAAUUGGAGAAUUCUUCAACGGAUCAAUCUGUAACGGAAUUGCAAGCGGAGUCUCCUUGUCCUUCAGUAGUGUCGGAUUUGACUGCGCAGAUAGAUGGUAGUGAACUGAUGAUGGACAUACCGUUCUUGGAUUUGUUAGCGAAUACGGAUUAUGGGAUAUUUCCGGGAUUUGAUGAUCUUCAUAACGAUUUUUUUUCACCGUUAACAGGACCUGGCCCUGACUUGGUAGAGGAGAAUUUAGAUGGUGUUGUAGCACAAGAUUCAUUCCUUUGGAACUUCUAAAGAUACAAAUUUCUUUUUCUUUAGAUUUAUUUUCGGGUCGGAUAGUUCUGGACAGUUUUAGUAUCCAGACUUACUGACAAUUUUUUCUACCCGGGUUUAAUAGUUUCGGGUACUGAAUUUGAUGGACAAAUUUUUGAUGGCCAACCUUCCUAUUCCUGAUAGACAGCAGUAUAAAUUUGAAGUUAAAACACGUAACGGUCAUUGUUUUUAUUAUUUGGUAGUUUUUUUGUUUGAACUGAUUACAGUUUGUGCUAAGUUUGUCAAUUUUGUAAUUAUUUAUUGAAUUUAAUAAUUAGGGAGUUUAGAAUCACAAUAUUCAUGUGCGGAAUUUAA